AUGAGGACACUCGUUGAGACUAGAAAGAGAUGGGACGUUCUGUUUCCUGACCAUGCUACCUCCUCUGACUUGCGAGCAGCGUUGGAUGCUGAGCAGGGAGAGAGGCUUUGCACCGAUGGACUAAGGUCUGUCUGCUGGAAGACAUUUCUCCUGUUCGACAAUGUCGAGCGCGCAGACUGGUCCCGCAAGCUCGCUGAAUCACGAGAUGCGUAUGUUGCGCUGCGCGCCCACUUUCUCAAAUACAUCGAACACCCGGAUGAUCUCGAGUCCACGGUUGAUCCGUUGGCAGACGAUGAUGAGUCCCCUUGGCAGACGCUGCGAAACGACGAGAAAUUGCGAGCUGAGAUCGUACAAGAUGUCGAUCGCUGCCUGCAGGAAAAUUUCUUCUUUCAGGAACCAUCUACGAAACGGAUACUAACUGAAAUCCUAUUCGUUUACUCGAAAUUGAACCCGGAUGUGGGCUACAGGCAAGGCAUGCAUGAGCUGCUAGCUCCUAUCGUGUGGGUUAUUGAUCGAGAUUCGCUCGAGAGGUCGUCUGAAAACGGCGAAGAUGUUCUCAUGCAGGAUGUUCUUGAUUCUCAAUACAUCGAGCAUGAUUCAUUCACGCUUUUUCUUUGUGUGAUGCAGACUGCUCGGGUGUUUUACGAGCACGGGGAAACCAAAUCAGCAAAUGGCCAGGUGGAUGUAAUACCGAUCGUCAACAGGUGUCAAUAUCUUCACCAGGAGGCGCUCUCAAUCAUCGAUAACGAGUUAGCAGAGCAUCUACGCGCCGUUGAUGUACUCCCACAAAUUUUCUUGACCCGAUGGAUGAGACUACUUUUCGGAAGAGAGUUCUCGUUUGAAGAAGUUCUUGAAAUGUGGGACUUGCUGUUCGCACAUGGUCUUCGGUCCGACCUUGUGGACUUCACAUGUAUUGCUAUGCUACUCCGGAUCCGCUGGCAGUUACUCGAGGCUGAUUACUCUGGCGCGCUGUCCAUUCUUUUACGCUAUCCAUCUCCAGAGCCGCACUCACCCCAAACCUUUGUGCGGGAUGCACUGUACCUGGAACAGAACCCCACGGCCGAACGUGGUGUUUUCCUGAUCUCAAAGUACUCCGGGAGGCCUCCCGAGUCUUCUCAAAUCCGAAGCCGCUCCAAUGUUCGGCCUGCCAUGACCUCUAAAAUUUGGGAGGAGUUCAAACGUCGAAGUGACAGCGCUUCCCCUACGUCGCCUUCGGCUCGAAAUAGCCCAAAGAGUCUUGAGUCACUUCUGCAAGAUGUCUCUCUGGGCAUUCAGAGGCGGACAGAGGCCUGGGGAGUGGCCAAAGCAGUACGGGGGGCUGUGACUGAGGCGCGAAGAAACAUGCAAACCAUGAACUACGAAGCAGCUCCUCGAUUUGGUACUUCUCGUUCGGGGCCACUAUCAGGCGUAGCUGGUGGCACACAGUCACAAGAGUCAGCAUCCACUGAGCUCAAGUUGCAAAAUCAACUCAAUCAUCUGGAACAGAGAAAUCGAGAGCUCGCAAGCACCCUGGGUGAAGCGCUGAAGGACUUGCGUGAGCAACUGGCAAGUAGCAAGGAUUCAGGGGCCUUGCAAAGCGAGUCAAUCAAGGACACCCUUGACCGUGUCCAGUCGGUCCAGAUUUGUCUCGAAGAGUCUACUGUGCCAUUAGCACCGAGAACAAGUGACAAUGCAACGCGUCCAGAGACCGUCCAUGCUCAUUCAAUUCAGCCGGCUGUCUCUUCUUCGGAACAGGUGAAGUCUCCAUCUCCAGCUUCCCCGGCUGCCAGUGUAGAGUCACCUCCAUCUCCACCUGUCAUGAAUGUGCCAAACCUGAGCAAAAGUCGAGACGCCAAGAAGCCCAAUGCUUCAAGUGACGAAUUCACGAACACAAGCCGUGAGAGGCCGCGGUCUUUGGUCCGGCCAUCGCUGGCGGACUCUGGUUUCUCCUGGAUGUUAGGAGGUAAUCGGACCCUCUCCACCUUUGUCAGCCCUGCGUCGGUGCCUCCGGAGCAGACACGGCACCAUGAUCAGCCUCGCAGCAAGAAUGGACCCAAUUCCAAGAACCAUGCAGACGAAGCUUUUCACAGUGCCGAAGCCGAGCAGGAUGAGCUGGCUUUGCACAAUUUGUCCGGCUCUCGAGGUCCUCUGUGA